AUGGCUGAAGAUGAUACUAAUGACCUGCAUUCUCAAAUACAAAAAAACUGCUUCCCAAUUAAUAGAAUGACUGAAGAAAUUACAAAUUAUUUAGAAAAAACUGGCGUUAUUUCUAAAGUGACUGAUGUUUUAAAGCUGUUGUAUGAAAUGGAUGAAAAACCGGAUGAUCCACUCGAAUUCAUGCGUAUGAAUAUGGCUGAAGUUAUCCCUGAAAAGAUGGAGUUAACAAAGUUAGAAGAAGAGUAUGAUAUCGUAAUGCAAGAGAUUGCCAAACUUCAACAAGAGAACAUGAAUAUGACGAAAAGACUGGAGGAAUUAGAAACAAAUGAAAGUGAUAAUAUUGAAGAAAUUAAUUCCAAAGAAAAUACUGUUUUUGGUUUGAGCGAUAAUAAUGAAAAAUAA